AGCCGAGAAACUGAAUAAGUUUGCUAAAAAUCAAUUUAUCCUAGUUCAAGUUUAAGUUGGUAAUUACGGAUGAAUUUGUUUCAUAAAAAAUCAUGGCGUUUAGUUUUCUACAACGAUUGAAAAUAAUUGGAUUUUCUGUUUACUUCAAUAGAAGAAUGUGGAUCACUUCCUUUGUAUUUGUGGCAUUCAUUUUAUUGCUUAUCAUAUAUGGGAAUUAUAUCAUGAAUCAACCAGAAAGAGGAGUAAUAUAUGAAGAAAAAGACUGGAUUGAAUAUGAAAUCAAAAAAGAUUAUCAAAAAACAACAAAGGAAAGAGAUCGCGAUAAACUAUUAGUUGAAUAUGAAGCAGCAAAGAGAACGUUAUCAAAAAUUUUUCAAAAGCCAGCAGUUCAGCGUGCACCAGAUGUCAUUGGAAUCGGGGUUGAGAAGUGUGGAACAGGGGCUCUUAGGUCUUUACUUCGUAUGCAUCCGAUGAUCAAAGUAGCACCCAAAGAACCCCACUUCUUUGAACGACCGUAUUUAUACAAACUGGGCCUGAAAGCAUACACACCUAUGUUGGCCAAAGUUUUACCUCAUGAAAUAUCAUUUGAAAAAACACCGGCCUACUUCAACUGGAGACUCACGGUACCAGAACGUCUUCGGGAACUUGUUCCUAAAGCCAAACUUUUACUUGUUUUGUGCGAUCCUACCAAACGAACAUAUUCCGAUUAUUUCCAGGAGACAUUAAUGCAUAAUCUUGAAGAAAAAACAACUUUUGAACAAAUGGUUGAUGACCUUCUUCUCUACUCCGCCAAUUUAACUGCAAAAAUGAAUGAAAGCGAAUCGGAAAUGGUGUAUAUUGAGCAGUUAUUUGAAAAAAACAGUACUAACCAUAUACUAACAACUGGAUUGUAUUACUAUCAUUUACUAAGAUGGUAUAAAGUGUUCAACAAGAGUGAUAUAUACAUCGUAGACGGCGAGGAACUCAUAUCUAAUCCUGCUAAAGUCAUAAAAGAGGUUCAAGACUUUCUUCACAUCCCAGAGUUCGUUUUACCGGAAAAUAUUCCAAAAGGACCGUCUGGGUUUUCUUGCUUCGCCAAACCUUUAGUAGUGGAAAGAAACGGCGUUUUAGUCGCAGGAACAGCACGUACUUCUUGUAUGACUGGAAAGGGAAGGACUAGAAAAGGAGCAUGGGGUGUCGCGAACCCCGAAUAUAUGGAAAAACUUCGCUUAUUUUUUGCACCAUUCAAUGAAAAAUUAUAUAAACUACUCGGUCGUAGAUUUAAUUGGUGACGAUCGAUUAAACGUUAAUUCAAAUGCGUCAUCCUGCACAUACCAUAUGCUCUAGAAAUUAUACCGCCUAAUUUAGGGCAACGAAAAAAUAUUUCAUGAUGUAGCAUAAGAUAAUAAAUUUACUAGUAAUGGAUUGCCCGCUCGCUUCCUUGAAUAUGAGUGUGCUAGGAAACGCUUCUCAGUACUACUCGCACGUGCCAGAUUGAACUAAAUUAAAAACUAGUUUCGAGGACCGCACACCAUUCAAAAUUGGCACUUUUCCGCGGGCCGCUUAAUUUCUCCUUGUGGCCCGCGGGCCGCAGGUUGCACACCCCUGCCCAUAGAGAGCUAAACUGUCUUUUUUUAGACAGGAGUCCUCGUAGAAACUUGAAAUUUUGACUAUUUAAGUUUAAAUGAAUAUUUAGCUGAAUCUAGGCUACUUAUAUAUGCAUUGAAAAUAAUUGAUUAAUUUAAUAAAUAUAACGAAAAGAUUCAUAGUAACCCCUAGUUAUUCGAAAUAUUUAUUUCCUCUGACUAAUACGAACACAACACUGAAACUAUACCUUUAAAUUAUUAUAUUUAAGGCAGCAUGAUUUUUGAAUGACGGGGGAAAAUGGGUGUCUCCAAAAUGUCGUGUCCCACUUGUACCACGUGUCCCACUGUACUACGUGUCCCACUGUACCACGUGUCCCAUUUGUACCACGUGUUCCACUUGUACCACGUGUCCCACUAGUACCACGUGUCCCACUUGUACCACGUUUCCUACUUGACACGUGGUACAAGUGGAACACGUGGUACAAAUGGGACAAGGGGGACACGACAUUUUGGAGACACAAAUCCCCAAAAAAGCUGAGUUAAUGUCACAUGCCUGAAAAAAUUGCACCUAUUUCAAAUGAAAUAAAACUCUACUUGAUUUCA